AUGGCUCCUUCCAUCCUCAUUGUCGGAGCCACUGGUAACACUGGCCGCAGUGUAACUGAAACCCUGCCGAAGUUGCUGAAAUCAAGCAACACUUUGUCUGAGUACCGCCUCAUUGCUCUUACUCGCUCCUCGGAGAGUCCAAUGGCACGACAGCUUGCCGGACUGCCUGGAGUUGAAGUGAUAGAGAAGAAUUGGGUUGAAAUCACCUCUGACUGGCUUCAUGAACACCAAGUAGUCAGAGCGUUCAUUGCAUCCCACAACGAACCGAAUCAAUUCGCCGAAGAGUCAACAUUCCACGUUGCCGCCCUCAACGCUGGUAUCAAAUAUGUUGUGCGGAUCUCGACAACUGCUGCGAACGUCCGUCCGGAUUGCAACGCUUACUAUCCGCGCACGCAUUGGGCAAUUGAGGCUCUCCUGAGCUCGCCGGAAUUCAGCAGCUUGCAGUGGACUUCUCUUCAGCCGAACGUUUUUUCAUCGUUUUACCUUUCCACCGCCGCCGAAUUUAUUAAAAAGUAUCGUAAAACUGGAAAGCAGGAUACCCUUAGGAUAUGGGGGUCGAAGGAUGCGGCCGUUGGCAUUAUCGACUCUUAUGAUGUUGGAGUCUUUGCUGCUCAUCUCUUAUCCCAAGAUGAUCCUACUGCGUAUAACCGGGCCAAAUAUGUUCUGAAUGGACCCACGGAUAUCACGGGGAAACAGAUUGUGGACAUGGUCGAGCAGCAUAUUGGUACGCAAGUCAAGGAAGUUAGCUAUCAAGACGUAUCGUUCAUUGACUCACUUUAUGAGCUCAAUCACGCCGCAAACGGUCAAUCAAAGAACGUUAUCCUGUCCAUCAAACACGCCCUGGAGACGGCGUGGGAAGGCAAAUGCUCAGCUUCCACAACCAGCAGCGAAGUACUUGAGCUCGCUGCGCCAAAGCGUACACCUGCCGAUGUUUUAAAGACACUCUUAGAGGUGUAA